AUGUCCUCCAACGUGAUCCACAAGACAGACGAACCCUCUCUCACUUUCGGUCAUCCCGACUCGAGCGUGACGGAGUUGAACAUCGUGGGAUUACACCUUAGGGUAUAUGGACUGAAGGAGCUCGAGGGGAGUGAUAGGCCACUGGCUGUACUGGUCGCAGCUCAUGGUAGAACGAAUAGUCAGAAAAACAUGAUCACCUUUUCUCAGGGGGUAUUAGGACAAGUGUACUCAAAACCGAAAGAAGAGAGAAAGAGGGAUUUGCUGAUCGUCACCUUGGAUCAACGAAAUCAUGGGAAUAGGAUAACGGAUAAGAAGGCGAAUUUGGCUUAUGAUGAGAAUCCAAGGCAUUUAAUCGACAUGGCAGCUAAAGUGUACGGCGGUGCACAAGAUAUCCAGCUUAUCAUCGAUUUCCUCGCUGCCUACCUGUUUCCGAUGGGCGAGAAGAAGGUUGAAGAAUGGAUAGUGACCGGUAUCUCACUUGGAGGUCAUGUCGCUUGGAGAUUGCUACGGGAAGAGCCCCGUAUCCGUAUCGGCAUACCGAUCAUAGGUCUGCCAUUCGAAUCAUUCCCAAAAUACAUGGGUCCAAGAGCCGAAUCACUUAACAUCCCUUUCGAGCCGCCUACCUAUCCUCCAUCGCUAGUGCCAGUCCUAGAAGGUGAUGUCGAUCACUCGAAUUACAAAGGUAAGAAGAUCCUGACUAUUCAUGGAGGACACGACAAGUUGGUACCGCUAGACAAAGGAUUAAAGGAUAUAGAGAAGAUCAUGGAUGUCGUUAAUGGUAGUGAGAGUGGGAAAGCGGAGAUGUACGUCGAUGAGAAGACGGGUCAUGCUGUUUCGAAGGAGAUGGUUUGGAAGACGGCGGAGUGGGUCUGGGAAUAUGGUUUGAAGGAAUGA